UCUGCCGUGAAAGCAACAAUGUCUGACUGCAGGAGGCAGUGGAACCGGGAGGAUGAGCUGCCGGUCUACCUGGCUGGGCCGAUCCCCACCGGGCCGAUCCAAAGGAAAACCUACGGAAUGUUCAGCUCCGUGGAGGGAGCGUUUGAAAGCAAGACUAUAGACUUCGAUAACUACGCGGUUGGGAGGAAAGGCAGCGGCACCCCGAGAAGCGGGCGCCGGGAGAGGGUUUUGGAUGCUGGUGAUCCCGUCGGCAAGACGUCCAGCGAGGCCCGGGAGGGGUCACUGACCAACUCUCCCGGCGACACGGACGAUCAACAAGCAGGUGUGGAGGUCAGAUAUUCAUCGGGGAAGGAAAGCCCAAAUGGGGAGAGUGAAAGGCUGUUGAUCAAAGGAGGGCGGGUGGUCAAUGAUGACCGGUCUCUCUAUGCAGAUGUAUACAUUGAGAAUGGACUCAUCAAGCAGGUGGGGGAGAAUCUGGUUGUACCUGGGGGUGUCAAGGUGAUAGAGGCUAAUGGCCGAAUGGUGAUACCGGGGGGGAUAGAUGCCAACACCUGUCUGAUGAAGCCAUACCUGGGAACACCGCCUGCUGAUGAUUUCCUCCAAGGCACCAAGGCUGCACUCGCUGGGGGCACCACCAUGAUCAUUGACCAUGUAACCCCGGAGCCCGGGGAGAGUCUGCUGCAGGCGUUUGAGUGCUGGCAGGAGGCUGCGGAUAAAAAGGCAUGUUGCGAUUACUCCCUGCACGUAGACAUCCCCCAGUGGGAUGAGAAUGUUAAAGAUGAGUUGGAGCUGCUGGUGCAAGAGAAAGGUAUCAACUCCUUCCAAGUGUACAUGGCCUAUAAGGAUACAUAUCAGAUGACAGACUCUGAGCUGUAUGAGGCUUUCUCCUUCCUGAAGCAGCUGGGUGCCGUGGUUUUAGUUCAUGCUGAAAAUGGAGACCUGAUUGCUCAAGAACAGAAAAAAAUCCUCGGAAUGGGAAUCACCGGACCCGAAGGCCAUCCGCUGAGUCGUCCUGAAGAGCUGGAGGCUGAGGCGGUGUUCCGUGCCAUCACUCUUGGUAACUGUGUGAACUGUCCUAUCUACAUCACCAAGGUGAUGAGCAAGAGUGCAGCUGACACUAUUGCCCAGGCCCGUAGGAAAGGUUAUGUAGUUUUUGGGGAGCCAAUUACAGCCAGUCUGGUCACUGAUGGCUCUCACUAUUGGAGCAGGAACUGGGCCAAAGCGGCUGCUUAUGUGACAUCUCCACCUUUAAGUCCUGACCCCACAACCCCAGACCACCUCAACACACUGCUGGCUUGUGGGGACCUGCAGGUGGUGGGCAGUGCUCACUGUGCGUACAGCACUUCCCAGAAGGCAAUUGGUAAAGAUGACUUCACUCUGAUCCCAGAGGGGACAAACGGAGUGGAGGAGAGAAUGGGUUUCGUCUGGGACAAGGCCGUGGCCAUGGGAAAAAUGGAUGAAAACCAGUUUGUGGCAGUCACAUCUACCAACGCUGCGAAAAUCUUCAACCUGUACCCUCGCAAAGGGCGGAUAGCGGUGGGCUCUGACGCAGAUAUUGUCAUCUGGGACCCAAACAGCACCAAAACAAUCACUGCAAAACUCCAGCAGUCGGCUUCAGAAUACAACAUAUUUGAGGGUAUGGAGUGCCGUGGGGGUCCAGCGCUGGUGUUGAGUCACGGACGAGUUGUUUAUGAGGAAGGCAAGGUGCAGGCCCAGCAAGGCACCGGUCGAUUUAUUCCCCGCAAGCACUUCCCAGACUACGUUUACCAGCGCAUUAAAGUCAGGAACCAGGCAAAGAAUCAGCAGGGCGUUAUUCGUGGGUUGUACGAUGGCCCCGUAUAUGAUGUGGUUCCUACCCAAACAUAUAUUACUCCUUCUCCUUCAGCCAGAAAUUCACCCACUUCUCACCAACCACCACCAAUACGCAAUCUCCACCAGUCCAACUUCAGCCUAUCAGGGUCUCAGAUUGAUGACAUCGUCCCUCGUAGGUCUGGCCAACGCAUUGUAGCACCCCCUGGUGGUCGCUCCAAUAUCACCAGCCUUGGUUAAAGUGGUUGUUCUGGGGUUUCACCUCUUGAGUGUGUGUGUGUGUGUGUGUGUGUGUGUGUGUGUGUGUGUGUAUGACUGAGAGUGUGAGCAUACUGACAUGAAUGAAUACCGUUGUACUUUUUGGUACAAUGGUGACACACUCGUAUUAGACCAUUAUGAUUUGUAUCAGUUUGCCUUGAGUAAAUGGUCGCAGAGAAGAAGCACAUGAUACUUCAAUUAACCUUAGAAUGUGAUUUACAAUCAACCAAGUCAUUCAAAAACUCAUGGGCUCACAAUCUGGCACUCAUACACACACACACAGAUCAGUUCUCGGACCCCCUCCAAGCACCCAAAUGUGAACCCAGUGUAAUGUCAAACUGUUGUUAACUCUUUUUCCCGUGAGCAUGACUUCCUCCUCAUUCUUCCUCACAUCCUACGUCUCAAACGGUGUGGGUCUGCUCACUCAUGGUGCUCCCUUCCACCCAUCUGGUGGACAGCUUCAGAAAUAACACAGCAUCUCCUGCACCUGUUUUUCAGCAUCUUGGCAAUACUUGUUUUAAUGUGUCUCCACAGGAUCUAUUAUACAGAUUGCAUGAACACGUCCUUAGAUGUUGCACUACUUGUGGUUUAUUGUUGCAAUGGAGGAACACUAACAAUGUAAUCAAGAGAGCACAGGCAUAUUCUUAUAAUGGUAAAUGUAUGCUUUGAAUACGUAAUGACACCCACUGUGGAUAGAGCCAGCUGUUACUAGGUUCAUAAAUGUCAACAUUACUGUGAACUUUGAUGAAAGCAAUGCAACUUCCUCUUCACCAUCAAAUACUAUAUGCAAAUGUAUCAAUACUGUCUUGUGAAGUGUGACAGCAGUUGAAACAAAUACAAAACCAGCUGUGCACUGCAAAAUGAAUUUCUAGCCGGCUGUUCCUACAUAAUAGGUUUCACUGUAAAGACUUUAUGAUGUGUGUGAUAGCGUUCUCCCAAUCCCUCAUGCCAGAAAUUGCGAUGACAUGCUCAAUUCACUGCUGCAAAAAGGACUUCAGCUCCCAUCCCUGCUAUAUAAUACUUCACUUUGAAUCGUUUUAAGCUGCUUUUUAUUUUUAUUUGAUUGAUUCUGGAUGUUUUCUAGGUACAUUAAGUGUUUCUAUGCCGCUUAUUCUUUGUUUUGCUUGUGUAUGGUGUCUCCAAUGGAACCACUCAUGAUCAAUAAAGACCUGACUGUUGU